AUGCUCCUAUUGUGGACUAUCAUCGCUUUCGCCGUCCAUGUGCUGGCCUUGUCGCCUCCGGCGUCGCGCACAUCGCCGCCAUCUGGGGCUCUAGUCGUUCGCGCAGGCACCACGACUUCCGGUGAAUACAAGGACUUGGCUUCCGCUGUCGCGGCUCUGCCGUCGGACUCGUCUUCGCAAAUUAUAUUCAUUUAUCCCGGAACGUAUACCGGUCAAGUCCAAAUCAAGCGUGAUGGCCCUGUGACGAUAUACGGAUACACAACCAAUGCAGGAUCGCAAGCGGCGAACCAGGUCAUCUUGACCGCCUCGGUCGAUGCCACCACUGCUGGUUCAGACGAUGCAUCCGGCACCUUGCGCAUACAUACGGACAGCGUCAAGAUCUACAACGUGAAUAUCAGAAACGACUUCGGUCAAGGUGUACAAGCUAUUGCGCUGUCCAACUAUGGGGACAAAGUCGGACUGUAUGCGUGCGGUCUCUACGGGUAUCAAGACACCGUGUACACAAACCAAGGACGCCACGUCUUUCUGCAAGGAUACAUUCAGGGUGCAGUCGACUUCAUCUUUGGAAAACUGAGUCAAGCAUACUUCGAAGGGAACACUAUCGCCAUCUCCGGCUCGGGUUGCAUCACUGCUGACGGUCGCGAGUCUGACGAUGCGGGAAUGUACCUCUUUAAUCGCAACACGAUCACUGUCGCCUCUGGUGUCUCGUCUAGCUCUUUAUCUGGGAAGUACUACUUCGGUCGACCCUGGAGAGAUUACGCCCGUGUCAUCUUCCUUAACACGUACAUCUCGUCACCCACCAUCAACAAAGCGUUAUGGUCGCAAUGGAGCUCUGCCACCCCCCAGACUGACCACGUAACCUAUUUGGAUUACAACACCACUGGACCGGGGACCCCGAGCGUCUCUCGACCCUCUUUCGCGAGUGUCCUGUCAGCGUCUCAGGCAGCUGCAUACACCAUCAGCACUGCUAUUGGUUCUGACUAUACUAGCUGGGUCGAUACGUCGUACUUGUUCUGA